AUGAACCCAAUAGUUCUGCUACUCUUCACUGUUCUCGCUAUCUCCAUUGCCCCUCCACCUGCCCCCUGUGCCAAGGUCCACAUGAUCGUGGCCCGACAGAGCACCUCCUGGCCAGGAGAAGGUCGCAUGAAAGAGCUAGCUGAUUUUAUUAAGCGACACCUGCCAAGUUCCGAUUCCGAAGCGCUUCAAUAUCCGGCAUAUGGUGAUAUCUGGCGUUACCGUUCUUCGGUGUUUGCUGGGGACACAGCUAUGAUCUCCGCAAUAACUAGCUAUGCGGUACGCUGUCCAGAUUCGCAGAUCGUACUCCUAGGAUACUCUCAAGGUGCUCAUAUUAUCGGUGAUGUCCUUUGCGGUUCCGUGGUGGAGAGGGGCUUUCCAGCGAUCCUUCCGAUUGACGAUCGACUGGGUGCAAAGAUUUCCGCCGCAAUUUCAAUGGGAGAUCCUACCCAUGUCCCAGGUCUCCCAUACAAUGUUGGAACAGGCAAAAAGAACGGGAAGUUCCCACGAGUGAAUCACACCGCGUGUACGAAAUAUGAAUCUAUCCGGCGGUCCUAUUGCGAUGAGGGUGACAAAUACUGCGCGUCUGGUUACUGGUUCGGGGUCCAUCGAAAAUAUGUGAAGAAAUACAAAGGCGACGCUACGUGGUUCGUGCUAUCAAAAGUGAAUGGCAGUCGGGCAAUGUGA